AUGCCACGACCCGCAGUUGCCGACGAUGACGGCGAUUAUGAUGAUAAUGCUCAUAAUGAUGGUGAUGUGAUGAGUGCCAUUGAUGAUGGGUUAUUAGACGAUCCACUGGAGCAUGUACCCGAGGAGGAUGGAGAUGUUGAAGAGCACGAUAGCGAGUCUCCUUUGGACGAGGACGUUGAUUUGGAGGGCUGGGAUGACGCGGAUGAUGGCGAGUCUGACGUGGAUGAUGACGUGGUUGGCGCUGACGUGGAUGAGGGCAGAGAUUACACAGAAGGUUGGGAUGAUUCUGCCAAUGAGGAUGAGGAUGAGACUGAGGAAGAUCAUGAAGAUGAGGAAGACCAUGGGGAGGAGGAAGAGAUUGAAGAUGGCGAUGGGGAGUUUGGUAGAGAGGAUGAUGGUGAUGAUGAUGAGGAUUAUGAUAAUGAAUCAGAUCACGCCAUUUCAUCCCCCGCCUUCUACUCCUGCGCGCCCCCCUUCCCCCCGCUCCCCCCGCGCCUCCCCCUGGGCAUCCUAGCUUCCGCCACCACCCCCGCUGGCUCCCCCCUCGCCGCCAUCCCCUUCCCCCUCUGGCUCUCCCGACUGCACGGGGGGUGGGAUUUCCGCACCAACCGCCCCGCCCCUCCCCCGCCCGCCCCUUACAAGCAUGCUGGCGACGAUGUGACUGUAGCCGCGUGGCUUUUAAGGGAGUGGAGGAAGGGUAAGGAGUCUUUUUAUUCCCCGUGGAUUAAUCUUCUGCCGGGGUAUGUGCCGCUGCCGAUUUUCUGGGAUGAGGCGACGCUGGGGGAGUUGGAUAGUGGGGAGGCAAUAGAGAGAGUAGAGGAGGCGAUUAGAUAUGUGGAGGAGGCGUUUUCUCUCUGCUCGGAUGAGAGUAUAGCGGGUGCUUCUAUGGAUGAGUUCAAAUGGGCGGUUGCGAUUGUGUGGUCGAGAUCCGUGCCGAUCUCGGCCGUUGGUUUGAAGGGCAGGGGGGAAAAAGGGAGGAGGAGGGGGAGGGGGAGAAGGAGGGAGGGAGGAGGGAAGGCGGAGGAGGAGGGGGAGGAUGAGGAGGAGUUUUGGCAGUAUGUGGAGGAGGAGGCGGAGAGGGGGGAUGAUGAGGGAGUGAGGGAGGGAAAGGGGGAAAAAGGGGAGGGAGGGGAGGGGGAGGAGGUGCACAUGCUGCUGCCAUUACUAGAUCUCUUCAAUCAUGAGUUCUACUACACGGCAGACUGGCAGGUGCGGGCAGGCCAGCCAAUCAGUGUGGGCUAUGGCUCGAUGGACACCGCCCAGUUCCUGCUGCUGUACGGCUUUGUGCCGCCCAACAACCCGUUCGACCGAUUCGUCCUUUUCGAAAACGCUGAUGCACUUCUUGACUACUAUGAGACAAAAUAUCUUGCUGCUACGUCAGGAGGAUCAACGGGAGGAGAAGGCACAUUUUCAGAUGAAGGAGAAGAAGAAAUGGAGGGAGGAGGAGGGGGAGAAGGAGGAGGGGCAGCAGCAGCGGGUUCUGAUGCUGGUACUGUAGCUGGAACUGAUGUUAAUAAUGAAUCAGACUAUACUGAGAAAUACCCGUGGCUGACUGGUACGUUCGACCGGGACUCGGCUGCAGCUUCGGUAACCGCCGCCAUAGCUGUGGUGGAGGCUCGGCAGGCGGACUACACAGCCGAGCACGACUUGGAUCGGCAGCUGCUAGGCAUGGCAGCAGGGGUGGUGGCAGGUUCGGAAGCACUAGCGAUAGGCCGGGAGGGGUAUGUGGAUGCACGGCUGCUAGCUGCUCUGGCUGCUAUCGGCAUGCCAACCCAUGACCCUGCCUUUGACUUCCAUGCCUUAGCCAGGACCAUUCUGCGCUUUGUGUUUCGAGACGGGGUCACCUGUGGCACUCUCAAGCAACAGCAGACCUAUCACCUGGCCGUCUUAGAAGCAGCAGGAGCAGAUGGGGCAGCAGGAGGGGAGGGAGUAGAAGGAGGGAAGGAAGCAACAGGAGCAGGGGAGAGUAGUGGUAAAGACAGACCACACAGUAAGGCAGUGGAAUCAGCUGCACGCUCAGCAAUGCUUGCAGGCUCCAUUAUAAGAGCUGCUGACGUGUUACGUAACAUUCUGCGCGCCACACUACGCGGAUUCAAGAGCAUGUUCACAGAGGAUUAUAAUCUGCUAAAGAAGACGCUUGUAGAGGAUGCAUCAUGUGACAUGGGAGACAGUGGAAGGGGAGGCAACAGGGGUGGUAGUAGCAGGAGGGAAGAAGAUGUGAGGGGAAGUGAAGGGACGUGUGGGGUUCCUGUCUUGCAGCUUCCAGAGGAAAAGGUUCAGGCUAUUAAGUUCCGACUUUCAGCUAAGCAAAUGCUGUUGCGGGCUCUUAGCUUUUUAGAAGAUGUGUGUCCAGAAGAGGGGAUGUAUGAUGCUGAUUAUGCUACUGAGUCAGAUAAUAUUGGGGAUGACAAUGCCAGUAGUGAUAGUGAUUGA